AUGGCGGAACCUACGACUGAGAUUGUAGUUUCUUCACAACCCGUGAACAAGUGUUCAUGCUCGACUACGUUGAAGACGGAGCCCACGACUGAGGUUACGCUCUCUUCACAACCAGUGAAGGAGUGUUCGUGCUCAAGUGAGGUUAUAAUUUCACCGAAGUCACUGAAGGAACCUCUAAGUUGCAUUGAGGAUGACGAGCUACUCGAUGGCUUGCAAGCUCUUCUAAAGAUUUUUCUUGCUUUGAACAGUCAUCCCUGUAAAGAUUUAGCCAAAGCCGAGAAAGGUCGGACAUUUAUGGAGAACGGACGAAGGAAGAAGGAUGAAUGA